AUGAUAAAUUUUGAUUUAUUUCUCUGCUAAUGGAAAUGAAUUUUUUUUUAUGAUUUUUUUUGCCAGUGAAAUUUAAUAUGUAUCUUAAAUUGAGCUAAAUAGUUGGUAGUAGCGUUUUCUAUAAUUUGAAUUUUCAGAAGAAGGGAAAAGACAAAUAUAUCAAAAAACUUAUUGAACCUUAUAUAAGAUUUAUAACAAAAUUUAUAUUUUGGUAUUUUCACAAUUUUCUUUGAUGUGAUUUGAACUACUAAAUAAAUUAACUUGGAUGGCAAGGAUGAGGGUCCUAUCGGAGUUCGUUAUAUUUCGACUCAAGUCGGUGGUGGUCAAUUACUGGGGCAGUUAGAAAUUGAAUGAAGAGUGUGAAUAAUAUUCAGAAAAUCACAAAGGCAAUGAAGAUGGUUGCAGCCUCAAAGUUGAGAGUAAUUCAAACUAAAGCCGGGAAUUCCUGUGGCCUCUGGUAGCCAUUUACUGCACUUGUUGGUGAUCUUCCCAAUAUGUCCACUAAUAAGCCUUUGAUAUGUAUCUUUUACUGAGUAAGCACAGUUGAAUUUGUUUGUGUUCUCGUUCCAUUUUGCUUAAUGUUUGUUAUGUCAAGUUGUUAAUUGUUAAUUUAUGCUUUUUUCCAUGUAUGUUGCAUUGGUGUUCAUGUUGUGAAUUUUAAUGGGGCAGUGCCUUAGUUUGUCUUCCUACCCUUUCUAUCCACAAAGUUUAUGCAAAUGUAAAUUUGGGAAAAUGACGAAUAAAAGUUCUCAAGUGGAUUUUUCUAAUUACUCCAGCAUAAAUCGUGAAAAAGAAGGGAAAAAAUGAAUAAUUAAAUGAUUUGGGGAUUUCUCUCUCUCAGGUUAGUAGGACUAAACUGAGCAGUGGAUUUUCAUACACUUUUCGUCAUUUGCUUGCAAAUCCUAUCGAUUUUCUUGCUUUUUCUUCUAUUUUCUUGUAAAUUCUAUUGUCUCUUUUUCUCUAUAUUGUCUUUCAUAUAUUUCUUACACUUUGUGGGAUCCAUUGUUACGGAAUGAGCUUGAAGAAACAAUAAAAUCCAAACAGGAUAUCUGUAAUUCCUCCAAAGGCAUUUUCUGCCCAAUUGGUGCCUUCAAGUUCAGGUUGUGAUCUGGAAUCAAAUCAAAGCUCGAGUGCUUUGCAGGUGAACGAAUAUCUGGCGACAAAAAUGUGAGCUACAAAGAUGAGUGAAAAGACAGAGUUUGUUACAAAAGAUGCAGAGGUAGUUACUGCUGUAGUGGAGGAGAAAAAUGGCCCAAUCACUAAAAUCCAACCUCCAAAUGGUACUGUAUGGAAGUCUCUGUUCAAAUCUAAGACGUAUGAUGGUAGUUUGUAUUUCUUUACUUCAUCUUGUUCUAAUGGUAAGAUUGUGGUCAAACCGUCUAUAAAAGUUAUUGAAGAGGGAAUUAACUCCAGGAAUAACAGUCUUAUUGUUCAAUUUCUGGGGAAGGCACCAAACUAUAGUCAAUUUCAGAAGGUUGUGAACCUCUUAUGGGGUAAAAAAUGUGCAAUGGAGAUAAAGGGUGCGGAGGCAUAUUUGUUCUUUCUAAGAUUUUCUUCUAAUGAAGUUUGUAGCUGGGUUAUUGAAUCUGGACCAUGGCAUAUCAACCAUAAGCCUCUCAUCCUCAGGCGAUGGAAGGCUGGUAUGAAUCUUGAUGAACUAAACCUUAAUAGUAUUCCUGUGUGUGUAAAGCUAUUGAAUGUCUCUUUGGAACUUUUUAAUAAGAUUGGUCUCAGCGACAUUGCUAGUGCUCUAGGACAGCUUCUGUGCAUGGAUAAGGGUAAAACAAAGCAAACACAAAUAAAAAUGGCAGAAGUCUAUGUUGAAAUAGGAUACAAUGAUGAAUUACCUUAUGAGGUUGAAGUUGAUAUGGGAAAUGGGAAUAUUGCUGCAGUUUGUGUAGCGAACCCGUGGAUUCCACAAAAGUGCACUCAAUGUAAAAUGUUUGGACACACAAUUCAAUCCUGCCCCUUGGCUCCAAAAGAUAUAAAAGUUGUGUGGGUGUCAAAGCUAGUUACUGAAGAAACUCAGGCUGAACAGAAGCAGUUAGUUCCAGACAACUUUACAGACCAACAUGUGCAGAAGAGUAAUUCAGUUGAUAUGGUAAAAGCGAAAGAGCCAGAGGUAGUGAAUCAACAUGUGAAUAAAUUUGAAAUUCUUGCAACUUUAAAAUUGGAUGAACCUAAGCCUAGUAUGACUAUUUUAGAAUUUGAUAUUGAAGGUUAGUUAGGUG